CUCCCUGAAGAAUCAGGGGAGAAGAAAACAGAUGCCUUCAGCCUCAUACAAUCUAUACAUGGCAUUGAAGCUUCACUCGUUACUUACAUAGUGUCAUGGCCCCGUCAGAGGACUCAUCAGACGAGGAUGACUUGGGAGUAACAGCAGCAGACCCAGAAGGAGAAAUGGAGGAAACUCCUGAGAACCCAGCUCCUUCUCCCCCUCAGCUGCAGAGCACCCCAGACACAGCUGAAGCCCUUCAGCCAGACGCAGCCAGUGAACAGGAUACUCCCCCCCUCACCUGCAGAACGUAGACAACAGAAGGUCAGGCAGAAGAGGGGCAGGCCUGUCCACUUAAGGCCAAAACGCUGAGGGCUCACACCUGCUGACAAACCUGCUCCUUAAAAGUCAAACCUUGGCUUCAGUUAGUUGCUGACUACAACGUCAGGCGUGACCACUGUGUGUCUUCCUAUCCCCUGAACCUUGACUUGGACUCAUCUCUCGGCAAACUAGACCCGGACCUUCACUGACGUCUCUUCUGGAUUUCUGGCUUGGCACAAUGCGCAUGAUUGGGGUUUGCACUGCUUCACUUGGUUCUCUUGGCCUCAUGCGGUUUUUUGGCUUGUCCUGGUCAUGGAGUAUUGCAGUUGCUCUGGGCAUUUACAUUGGCAGUGGUGGCUGGACAUAUCUCCGGAUCAUCUUCAAAACAGCUUUGAGAGAUCUCCUGGGGCUGUCAGUGCUUACACAGGUUAAAUAUAAAUUGUACCAUCACCGGAAGGCCAAGAGCAACAUCCCCAAGAUAUUCCAGGAUGUGGUCCGCCGACAUCCAGAGAAAGUGGCCUUUAUCUAUGAAGCUACUGAUGAGGAAUGGACUUUCCGGCGUCUGGAUGAAUAUUCCAAUGCUGUGGCCAAUUUCUUCUAUCAGCAAGGCUUUUGUGUUGGUGAUGUAAUUGCAAUCUUUAUGGAGAGUCGACCUGAGUUUGUGGGCUUCUGGCUAGGGAUGGCCAAAGUAGGCAUUGAGGCAGCUCUCAUCAACUUCAACUUGCGCCUUGAUUCACUGACUUACUGUGUGAAAACCUCAGGUGCAAAAGCCAUAAUCUUUGGCGGGGAGCUGUCAGCAGCGAUAUCCGAAGUGAAUGGCACACUGGGGAAAAAUAUGGCCAGGUUCUGUUCUGGAGACUUCAAACCUGAAUCCGUUCCUCCAGACACCAAACACCUGGACCCUCUUCUGGCUAAGACAUCAAAAUCUCCUCCAUCUCAGGUUCCAGCUAAAGGAUUAGAUGAUCGGCUGUUCUACAUCUAUACCUCUGGCACAACUGGAAUGCCAAAGGCUGCCAUCGUGGUGCAUAGUAGAUACUACCGAAUAGCAGCUUUUGGUUAUUAUGGUUACAGAAUGACCCCCCAAGACAUAAUCUACAACUGCCUACCAUUGUAUCACUCAGCAGGGAAUAUCAUGGGUGCUGGCCAGUGUGUGAUCCACGGCCUGACUGUAGUGAUUAGGAAGAAAUUUUCUGCCAGUCGCUUCUGGGAUGACUGUGUGAAAUACAAGUGCACAAUUAUCCAGUAUAUUGGGGAGAUCUGCAGGUAUCUGCUAAACCAACCAGUGCGGGAAGCAGAAACGCAGCACCAGGUGCGGCUGGCGAUAGGAAAUGGCUUGAGGCCUACCAUAUGGGAAGACUUUACCCAGCGCUUCCAAAUUAAACAGAUUGGGGAAUUUUAUGGGGCUACAGAGUGUAACUGCAGCAUUGCUAAUCUGGAUGGAAAGGUUGGCGCCUGCGGCUUCAAUAGCCGGAUUUUGCCAAAUGUGUAUCCUAUCCGCUUGGUGAAAGUAAAUGAGGAUACCAUGGAGUUGAUAAGAAAAGAGGAUGGGCUUUGUAUCACCUGCCAUCCAGGAGAACCAGGACUGCUUGUGGGUCGAAUAAACCAGGAGGAUCCCUUGCGUAGGUUUGAUGGCUAUGUCAGUGAGAAUGCGACCAACAAGAAGAUUGCCUACAAUGUCUUCCAGAAAGGGGACCAAGCCUACCUUUCAGGAGAUGUACUAGUGAUGGAUGAGCUUGGCUACAUGUACUUCAAAGACCGGAGUGGGGACACGUUCCGUUGGCGUGGGGAGAAUGUCUCCACCACAGAGAUUGAGGGAAUCCUGAGCCACAUCCUCAGCAAGACAGAUGUUGCAGUUUAUGGGGUAGAGGUGCCAGGAGUAGAAGGCAAGGCUGGAAUGGCAGCCGUUGCUGAUCCAGAAGCGAAGUUGAACCCUAACAUGCUGUAUGUGGAGAUGCAGAAAGUGCUACCCACUUAUGCACGACCUAUCUUCCUCCGGCUCUUGCCCCAGGUUGACACCACAGGCACUUUCAAAAUUCAAAAAACACGUUUGCAAAAGGAAGGCUUCAACCCACACCAGACAUCUGAUCGGUUAUAUUUCUUGGAUGUAAAACUUGGGAAGUACCUACCUAUGGAUGAAUGUAUGUUUGAGAGGAUCCAAGCUGGAAAAGUGUCUCUGUGAUUUCAUCAGCAAAGGCCACUGGUGAAGAGUUUGGUAUUGGAGGGCUUUGCUUGGAUAGAGAAACAGACUGAGCUAAAUAAGUGAAGUAAGCUUUCCAUUCAGAACAUCUGCAUCAGGGACAAAAACUACUAAGGGAAUGGGAGUUGAGUGGCCCUCACCUUUUUUAAAAGCACAUUAACUGUUUCCUGGGCAAAGACAGUGGCUGUCUUCUGCCGUUUAGUCUUUAGAAUGGUUCCCCCCUUUUUUGUAAGCAUUACAUUGGGAAGUGCCAUAUGAAGCAGGAAGGCUUUAUGGUUGGCAUUAUUAUGCUUUCAAAGGCCUCAGUAUGAUGGUUGUAACUAAGCCUUCAAUAGCACUGAUCAGCUAGCAUUCUGCUCUGGGUGUAAGCUGAAUUUCAUUGCUUGGAGGCAGUAGCAUCAUUGCUGUGGAUAAAGCCUCCAAUUGUUUUGGGAUUUCUAGAUUCCUAAUUUACAAAUAUCUAGUCCUUCCAGCUAUCAUCACUGUAAGGUCUACCCCUGUGUUUAUGUGGGACUUUGAAGGACUGACUGUCAAAAUGCAAGAUUUUUUUCUGCAGAGGCGUGGGUCUUAAAAAUAACACAACUAAUUUGAUGAAGUAACAAAAUUGGUAUAUUAAGUAGGUUUUAUUAAAGCAAAAGCAAAUUUGGGCAGAAAAAUUUACAGGAAAUGCUUUUCCUUCUAAUGACCUGAGAAGAGCACUGUGGUGCUCAAAAGCUUCCAUGCGUCUACAGAAUAUUAAUAAGGUGCUAUACUUUGUGUCCUUAUGGGAGAAGUCACUGUGUUUUGGUAAUCUGCCUAAAGACAUCUUUGCAUAAAUGGCAGUUCUUGAACCAGAGUUGCAAUAUUUCAAAGGAUGUGAUGUUGAUCUAGAAUCUUGGAAAACAAUUUGAUAGACUUGUGGGCCAGGUUUGGUGACAACAUUUGUUCGGUCUCAUUGAUGCACACUACUUUCUGUAGAAAAUGUGGCGGCAGAUCAAAUCCAAGUUGCAACAUAAUCAUAACAUUCACUUUCCAUCAGUACAUAACUGUGGGCAUUUCUAACUGUUUUUUACUAGUGCAAUUUCUAUAGACAGCGCUAAGAAAUUUUGAAAAAAGACAGAAGGGGUGCUGAGUUUGGUGUGAGCUUGCAUUCAAAGAUGCUGUAAUUCUUGUGAUCAUGUUGUUAUAACUAUACUCCUACUGAUGUAGAUAUUACUAGGAUGAACUUUUACUGAAUUGUUUUACUGGAAUGUUCCAGUUCUUUCUGUUCCCUGAGCCACUUUAGAUGUGGAGAAUUUGACUUUCUGUCUGAAUUUCUGUCUUUGGCAGAAAUGAAACUUUGCAUAAAACCAUUUUAUAAAGACUUCUGCACAAUGUUAUGUUGUAUUAUGGAGUGCAUACAGUACUAGGGCCAUUGUUAAGUAAAGGUGCAGAAACAAGUAGAGCAUGUGUUUUUCCUUUUUUGAAAAUUUCUCUCAGAAUGUGCCUUUUGUAACUUUUCCUCACAACCAGACAAAGCAGUGUAACAUUUAAAAUAAAUUUAGCUUUGUUAUUAAUCCUCAGGAAAAAAAACAAAGGCACCUGCAACUAACUGAGUCCCACCAUUUGAAGAAAAGGAUAUAGAUUUUUUAAAAAAUACUAUAGUUCACUCAUGGUUUAAAUAAAAAUAAUGCACAGGCUAACUUGGUUAUUUGAAGCAAAGUUACAUUUUCAAUUGGGGUCGCUAUUGCCAAAAUAUAACUUUGUUUUGGAAAAAU